UUAAAACAAAAAAGUUUGACGCGUUUUCCUCAGAAGUUAAACUACAAAUCCCAGCGUGCAUUGUACGGCAUGGCGCUUGCGCACAAAGAUCACAUGAGGUGGGGAAGAUGGAGGAGGUCGGGUUCGGAUCUCUACAGCUGUUAUUGAAGGCUCCCUCAAAGGAUGUGGUGAGGCAUUUAUGUCAGGAAAGUUUUUCCUCUGCGGCCACUACUUCAUCUAAGUUGGUUGACAACACCGUCAGUAGUUUAUCGGUGACUCCUGAGGAGGCCCAGCAGUUGAUCUCUUCCCUUCACCAUUUCACACGUCAAGUUGUGUUCCAAGGACUAGCUUCAGCCGAAGAGAUUUUCCCACUCUUUCCAGAUAAUUUCCAUCAGAACCUAAAAAAUCUGUUAACUAAAAUAAUUCUUGAAAAUGUAGCCAGCUGGAGGAAUGAGGCACUUGCAAAUCAAAUUUCCUUGCCUCGCCUCAUCAACAUGGAUUGGAGAGUGGAUAUCAAAACCUCCUCUGAUAACAUCAACAGAAUGGCAGUGCCUACAUGCCUACUCCAAAUGAAGAUUCAGGAUGAUGCCACUGUUUGCCAACAUAAGUCCACUAUUUCCACAGUCUCUCUUGAACUAAGUAAAGAAAAAUUGGACACAAUGUUGGAUGGACUUGGUCGGAUACGGGAUCAGCUUUCAGCUGUGGCAAAUAAAUAGUUUAGGAGCUGUCUCAAUGCACAAGUAUGACACUUCUAAGACAUCGUAUUUGGAUCAGGUGGAAUGUUGUCCUACUGUCCUGUGUGUGCCUUUGAGGCAUGAACCUUCCAUUUUGUGCUAUCUUAUUUCAAUCAUCAAAGAUGUAAUUGCUGUAAAUUUCUCCAAUUUUUUUCUCUCUUUUGGAAUUAAAUGUCUUAUUUUUCCAUUGUAUCUUGAUACUUGUCUCUUCUGUGUACAGUGAACCUUGCAUUAAUAUUUAAAUUAAAAGCAAUGCCAAAAUAUUUUUGAUUAGUCUUUGCAAGGACGUGGAUGUUGGAAACUGGGUAGUUUGGAGGGCAGGUGAAUCAGGAGUCCUGCCUUGCUGUAACCUUUUUUUUAAACUUUGUUUCCAACAGCUGAUUUCCUUCCCUGAAAAAUACUUGAUUAGUUUGAUUAAUUUGAUUAGUUUCAUGAUUAUAUUUUUUGAUAAAAGCGUUCUUAAACAUUUAGUUACUUGAAUUUGUAAAACCCAGCUAUAUAAAGGGGAUUUAAAUUUGUCUCUAAUACUAUAGUCCAGUAGCUGCAUAUUAUAUGGAAUAUUUUAUAUUGAAGCCCUUGAGCAAACAGGAAAAUACAAGAUGAACAAGCAUUGUACUGAUGGGAGGUCUCUGAUCUGAAACAUGAACUCUCUUUCCACAAUGGCAAGGUGGACAGAAGGAUAAGACAUUCUCAAAAUGUGUGCUGGGCAGCACAGUGGCACAGCUAGUAAGUGUUGAUUCACAGUUUCAAAGACAUGAGUUCAAUCGUGACUUCUGGUGCUAUCUUUGUGGUGUUCGCAAUCUCUCCUUAUGACAGCGUUGGUUUCCUCUGUAUGCUCUGGUUUUCUACCACAACCCAAAGACAUGUGGUUCCGUAGGUCAAUUAGCCAGUGUAAAUUACCUCGUGUAGAUGAGUUGUAGAAUUCGGGAAGAACUGAUAAUAGAAAAUGAUUUGACAUAGAUCGUAAAACUAAGUGGUUGGUUUGUACGUGCUUGAUGGGUUAAAGAGCCUGUUCUGUGCUGUUCUGUCUCUGAUGGCUGCUCCACCAAGGUGACACUGGUGAUAUACAGUGACAUUUUGUGGGCAGCUCAUAAACCCAGAUAUUUUACUGGAUAUACUUCUGAACAACAAUUGAUGCAAUCCAUGGACUGUAAUUUCCCUUUUAAAAAUGUGUACUUUUGAACCAUCUAAACGAACUAGCUAUUUUUAUAAGCUGAAGGAUUCAGUGAACGUAACUCUCAGGAAUGUAGGUAUAACACCUUGAAGUAGAUGGAAGUUCGCCAUUGCUGGAAGAGAGGGCACCAGAGCAGAUUUCAAGCUAGAUUAAAGCAUGGGCCCAAGAGCAGAAAACAAGGCGGUAUUUAGCUCCAUCAAUAUGCCUACCAAGAUCCCCAAAUUAACCCUGUCCCGUUUGCCUAUGUUUGACCUGUCUCCCUCUCUUACUACUACCAUCUGUCAGGAGGUGCAAGAGUCUUGUAUCCCAUGCCAGCAGGUUCAGGAAUAGUUGUUGCCAACAACCAUUGGGUCCUUGACUUGUGUGGAUAGCUUCAUUCGUUUGUUCCAGCCCUGAACUGACUCCACAGCCUGUAGACUCAAUUUCAGGGACUCUGCCUUUGCUAUGUAUGGCCUUUCAUAGAUUCUAGUGUACUGUAUUUAUUUUCCUAUGGGUGCCUGCAUUGAUAAUAAAUGUACUUUGAACUUUGAGUAUCUCCAUAUGUUAUGUUCUUUCAGAUUUCAACAACUUCAGCAUUUUGAUUUUUCAAUUUUUUGUACAUUGGUAGUAAUUUCAGCCACAGUAGGUAUGGUGGUACAGAUCUUUCCCUCCUUCACAUGUUCCUGUUAUAUGUACAUAUUUUAACUUCAUAAAUGUUUCAGAUAGAAUUGUUGUACUAGUUAUUCUGCAAAAUUUAAGAAGUUAAAUUCUGCUUGUGAGUUCACUAUCUAUUUACUAAAUUUCAUUUUGUGUAAAAUACCUGUUUAGCUAACUC